AUGACACAACAAAGUGCAUAUUUGAAAACACUGCUUUAUGUGUGCAAAUUGCGUUACCCAAGGUUUCCAUCACAUUACUUUCCUGUGUAUUUAAUUGCAAAGUUUGUGCAGGAAUUUCAAUUUAGAUUUCACAUUCGACAAUUGAACUUCCAACUCAGAUCGAUUCCAAAUCGAUACUUUGACUUUUUGUGUCGUAAUCAUGAGAUUCAGUCUGAUCAUACUAUUUUCAUCAAUCAAAAAGUAUUCGACUACUACAUUUAUCAAAAGGAUGUCAAUUUUCUUAAUCUUACUGUGAGUGAUGCCACCAAAAAAUCUAAAAAACUUUCUGCUGCUGAAAAGGUUGUGAAGAAGAUUUUAGAUUCACCAGAAAAUUCAAGUAAAAGUAAUAAAGUCCUGGCAGUCUAUCAAGUUUUUCCACUCGAUGGAAUUCCAAUCAAUAAAAUUUUUAUAAAAGAAAAUUCAUUUUGGAAUUUCAUGGACAGGUAUAAGUUGAGUUCUGAUCAUGAACAAGUUUACGUCAACAUGUCGAUGUUGGCAGCAACGCAGAAAUUGCCAACGAUCUCAACAAAAGCCAACAUUUUUCUCGUUAAUUCGCCUUACGAUGUUUCAAGCACAUUCGUUGACGAUGUUCUGAGUGAAUAUUUCAAGAAACCACGAUUGCUUUAUCGAAACCACACAUAUCGUUUAGACUUGACAGAAGAUGAACUCGGAAAUUUUAUAUUUUGCGAGAAUUUUGAAUUAAUUACAAAACUUAAGAGAAUUUACUUCAAAUGUGUUCAUCUUGAAUCGAGAGGAAGUUCAUUUGAUCUCGCUGGGAUUGUCGUUCGAAAUCUAACAAGUUUACAUCAGAUGACGACAAUUAACUACCAAGUACCAAAAGUAACAUUUGGAGAUCAUUUCAUCACAAAUUAUCCAUCAGGAUUGAACAACGUUUAUGAAAGUUUGAAGUCUUCACUUAUGCCUUUUGUGGCAUCAUCAGAAGCAUCAAAAUCGAUGCUUAAAGCACGAAAAAUUUUCCCCAUCAUUCAAUUAAUGGGUGAACGUGGCAGUGGGAAACGAAAAGUUCUUCAAUCAGUUGCUGACAGUCUUGGAAUUCAUUUACACUUUGCAGAAUGUUGUGAUAUUGUCACGUCAAUUCCAACACAAACUGAACAGAAAAUUCUUUACACUUUGCAUCGUGCGACAAAUUGUCAACCGGUCAUUCUUUGUUUCAAUGAUUUUGAGUUUUUCGGGAAAAAUAAUGAAGGACAUGAAGAUGAUCGUGUCAUUAACUUCUUCAGAGUUGAAUUGGAGAAGUUAUUCACGAAACAUAACUUUGACAAUCCCAUCAUCAUUGUUGCGUUAGUGAACAGCAAUCAGCCUUUGAAGUCGAAGAAAAUUAGCGGACUUUUCUUAGAAACGAUCGCAAUUCAUCCAAUGGAGAAAGAAGAACGUUUUCGAUCACUUCUUUGGUAUCAUCAGCGUGAGUAUUUCGAUCGUUUAUGUUAUGCGAUAAAGAUUGGAAAGAUUGAAAACUACAUCAACAUUAACAUCUUCAAAUAUGUUGAUCAGAAAGAUUUGCAAAUAUUGCGUAGCAUUGCUGAACAAACGCAAGGUUUUAUUCUUGGUGAUUUACGUGUUUUAUAUCAAAAAUCAAUCGACGACUUCUCUGAUGAUCCAAGAAACUUCCAGUUAAACGAAGAUACAUUUAAGAAGCAACUUGCUGAAAUAAAGAAAUGCUUUAGUGAUAGUAUUGGAACGCCUGAGAUUCCUCGAGUCAAAUGGGAUGAUAUUGGAGGCUUAGCAAAUUUAAAAACCGAAAUUCAGAACAGCAUUGGAUUGCCACUUCGCUAUUCUCAUUUGAUUAUGAGAAAGAAUUUAAAGCGAUCAGGAAUUCUGCUUUUUGGACCGCCAGGAACUGGAAAGACGCUCAUCGCUAAAGCAGUUGCAACUGAAUGUAAUUUAAGUUUCUUGUCAGUGCAAGGUCCUGAAUUACUCAACAUGUAUGUUGGUCAAUCAGAACAGAAUGUGAGAGAAGUGUUUGCAAAAGCAAGAGCAUCUGCACCUUGUGUCGUGUUUCUUGAUGAACUCGACUCAUUAGCUCCAAAUCGUGGUGUUGCUGGCGAUUCUGAACUUGUCGUCAAAGCAUUAACGAAAAAGUUUCAACUAAAAAAAGAUUUAACAACAAAGAAAAUCGCUGAACUUAUUCAACCUGAUGUAACUGGUGCUGAUCUUUAUUCAAUUUGUUCAAAUGCUUGGUUGAGUGCUGUAAGAAAGCAAGUUAAGAAAUAUGAAGAUGAAAAAUGCAACGACGACGACAUGAUUGCUGAUAAGAUUCAUGUUGGAUUGGAAGAUUUUAAGAAAUCUUUAACACAAUUUGUUUCAUCGUUGAAUCAAGUUGACAUGGAAUAUUUUCACAAACUUCAAAGUAGCUUUGGUUGA